AUGAGUGAUAGAGGGCUGAAGGCAGCUACAUGUGGUGCUUUGUCUCCUGCAGGCUCCUGCUUCUGGGUGGCUGUCCUGGACGGCAAUGUGGUGGGGAUCGUGGCAGCGCGGGGCAAUGAGGAGGACAACACGGUGGAGCUGCGUCGCAUGUCUGUCGACUCCAACUACCGUGGCAAGGGGAUUGCCAAGGCCCUGGGCCGCAAGGUGCUGGAGUUUGCCAUGCUCAACAACUACUCCUCUGUCGUACUGGGGACCACAGCUGUGAAGAUGGCGGCCCACAAGCUCUACGAGUCCUUGGGCUUCAAGCACGUGGGUGUGGUUGAACAUUACGCGCUCCCAGGGAUGACGCACUCCUUGCUGGAGAGAAUGUUCUUCCAGCUUCGCUACCACCGCUACCGCCUGCAGCUCCGUGAAGAAUAAAACCCAACCACCGAGCAAAAAAAGCUAUUUUUCUCCUUUCCCCCCUACCAAAAAAAAAAAAAAAAAGAAAAAAAUAAUAAAUUACCCUUCUCUUUCUUGUCACCGUUUAUUUGCCAAUUUUGUCUCCCCUCUUGCUCCCUCAUCUCAUCCUGGCUUGCUCCGUGCAGCCUGGUGGCCCAGCCUUGCGUGCUGGAUGCAGUAGGGCUGGAAGCCAGCAUCCUGCAGCCCAGCCUCCUAGGGACCGACAGAAAGCACAGAACCUUCCCUGCAACGUCACACCGCCACUCUGGUGCGCCCAGUGUUCUCCUUUUCCAAGUGUAAGAUAACAUAGCGAUGCAUACAUCAUAGUGCAGAGAAAAUUACUUGAAUGCAGUUUUCAGUAUUUCACACACCAGUAAGUAUAGAAUAUGCAUCCAUCUUACCUUUAUUUACUGGUUAAUAGUUUCCAAGGAAAAUGUGGGGGGCAGCCCCCAGCCCAACCCGCUUGCUGCAAUGCAUGAAGAGGAAGCGUGUGCACGCACUCCAACACAUCGCACUGCCACCACGGCACUGAUGUUGCACUUUUUUUGGAUGUGCCUCAUCCUGCCAAAUGUCUGAGAGCCCCUCGGCGUGUCAGAACCACCACAGCUCCAUCCUCAUCUCCUUCCUAAGCCAGCAACCAGACUCGAUCCGUCCGAACUCUGAGCCCCGAUGUAACAUAGCCGAAGUGAAGAUCAGCCCCAUCUAUCUCCUGCGCUACUGUCGCCACGUGUGACCUGCAGUCCUGGGCCAGGCUCCGCAUGUGACUUUCUCUUUGCUGCCUUUUGGGGUGGGUGUUCUUUUUGUUUGGUUGGUUGGUUUGAUUUUAUUAUUUUUAAUUUUUGUUGUUGUUCAUUUUUAGUUCUGGCUUUUGCUGAAUGGUGUCGUUGAGGCAUAAUGGAGGCUGCAGUUCCUAUGGUAACACAUUUGCACAUUAAUGUGCGCACCAACUCCGAGCACUUCAGAGAAGCAAUGUGACAGAUAAUAGCAUUUUGGGGAGCUCUGGGGGGUGGGGGGCACAUACUUAUUAUCUUAACCAGCUGCUUGUUUGAUCCAUGUAGAUGGCCUCACUGCAGCCUGCCAUAAAAGAUAAUUAACCGCUUUAAUGAUGUCAGAUUUGUGAAUUGUACAAUGCAAAAAGCAAUGCAAAGCAGAUUCGGCAUGUGUCUGUACCCAAUAUGUAUGUACAGUGCCUGCCAACUAAGAGUAACCAAGGUUACAGCUUCUCCUAGCCUGAAAUAUCAACUUUUAUAACUUAUUUAAACAAAUAGCAACUUUGCAUGAAUUAUGUCUUGGGGGAGAGGGAAAAGAAAAGUUGCGUAGAUUUUACUUUUAAAACGUGGCAUCAGAAAUAUAAAAAGAAACACUUCUGGCUGCACUUAAUUUGGGGUGGGUGGAGGGGUUUCAGCUAUGUUAAUACAUUCAAAAGGAAAAGCCCUUUCACUUAGUUCCUGGCGGGAAAGAAGUAGUUGCUAUUUCACCAAGUAUGAGUUUAGGGGGGGAAGAUGUUCACAAUCAACUCGGAGAGAGGAUAGGGGACGUAUCAACAGCUCUGAAAGCAUCUCGGUGUGCGGGAGGGGCAGUGGGCAGGGAGGUGCGGGGUCCCAUCCCUGGGCAGGACAGCACCAGGGCAGCCCCUUCCCCAUAUGUGGUGCCAGCAAUAAGGGGGGAAGGGGCAGAGGAGGGAUGCUGUAGCGUGAGGUUAAUUAACGCCAUUUCUGUAUGGGGCACUCUAUUUUUAAGUCUUACUAUGCUGUACAUUUCUCCUGAAGCUGAAAUAAUGUACUGUUGGUUGGGGGGUUUUGUAUAGUGUACAGAAAUGGGCAGAAUAUUUUCUUGCUGCUUUCAGUGAUUUAUUAACCUAAGGAAAAUAGACAACUAUAAAGUAUUAGUGAAAGGGAAAGGAAAAAAAAAACACAAAACAGUUUGUGCCUUUUUUAGUUUAUUUUUCUGUUGCUGUAUAAUCACUGCACUAAAAUCUUUCCAGAGGGGAAAAAAACCAACACACAUCUAGUCUCUUAAUAAGGGAGGAAUAUGUAAAGCCUAAACUGAGCAUUAGUUUUUUUUUUUUUUAUUGGAGUACUUAAUUGAAAGAAUGUCGCUGGUUUUAUUUCAUACCUGUGCCUUUGUAAUGGAACCAUCACAUCGUCCUAUCAGAAAAGCCAGACCCAGAAUCAACUGCACCAGAUCCCACAGACACAGAAGUACCAUCAGCCUACUGGGAUUGCUUUUAAGAUGAGCAAACUGAAGCCGGUGAUGGCAGAACCUGCUGGUGAUACAUGCUGGGUGCUGGGGAUGUGCCGAAUCUUUGCCACUUGGCCACCAGUUGGCUAGCAAAGUUUGUCCCGUAACGCUCUCGUGCGUUGCUCCGUGACCUGUGGCUUUUUAGAAGAAAUCCAUCCCUUGCUCCCCGUGCCAUCCAUCCUGGGCAGCUGGGACGGAGGGGCUGGCUGUCAAGCAUGCUGCUUUGUGUUUGCCAAAGAAGAUGGACAGGGCUCAUGGGUGCGAUGCUGCUGGUGCUGCCCUGGCUGGGCUGUAUUUCACUGGACAGCUCUUAGGUGCCAGUGUGACAUCCACGGUGCAACAGUAGGAAGGAACGACCCCAGAGUGAUGUUUAGAUGCUGACCUGGCUGAUCCAUCAUACGCUGUGCCCCACUCAGGGUGCACCCAUUCAAAUGGUGCCAUGUGGAGGAGAAGUCAGAGCCUGCAGCUCUCUGCAUGUGCUCCCAGAAGCGGCCCUGUAGCCCCAGUAGUAAGCUCCUUGCUCCUCCUGCAUGAUGCAGUCCUGCAGCAGGACCAGUCCUGUGUUCUUUUCCUUGGCUCAGGCAUCAUUUUUCUGCUCCCAGUUCAGCGUCAGGCACGGAACAACACAGAGUUCUGGGCUUGUUCCUGGCUAGAAGAUCUGGACCAACUGCCUGGACUCCUUGAAAACCUAAUUGUCAUCUAAUCCCAACAGCAACUCUCAGCAGAGGUUGCUCCUGACUAAUGGUGGUUUCUGCCCAAGCACAUCUAUAGCAGGAGCAGAGGAGGGGCAGUACAUCCCUUGUAAAGCUUGGCUUGGAGUUCAGCCUUGCUUGGUGAAUAUGAAAGCUACUGAAACCACUUCAGGGCCAGGCAAAGCAGCUGGAUAACUGCAGGGAUGUCCUCCUGCUGAGCUAGGCACCUGCACUUUGCUGUUCCGUGGGUUGCAUCUGCCGCGCUCGCAUUGCAUGGUGACGCUGUCAUCCUUUUAGCAUCAUGGCUGUUCUGCUCAUCCUCACACAGUGGGGUCUGCUCAUGUG